CUCACUCUCUCGUCUCGUCUCGUCUCGUCUGAAUCACAAUUCCCUUUUCCAAGAUACGAAACUACGAAGCAUUCCGUUAUUUCUCUUAUUGUAAUUGUCUUAUUUCGCCACUUCUCUACCCUUCAUCUCUGAGAGGGAUUUGGGAAUGGCAGAGAAAAGCGAGGAGGUCCAGAAAACAUUUAAAGAAUUGGGGGUACAUCCUCAAUUGGCUGAGGCUUGUGAUAAAUUGGGUUGGAUAAACCCUUCGAAGAUACAGGCUGAAGCUAUUCCUCAUGCACUUGAUGGUAAGGACCUAAUUGGAAUUGCACAAACGGGUUCUGGUAAAACUGGAGCUUUUGCCCUUCCCAUAUUGCAAGCCCUUUUAGAGACUCCACAAUCAUUCUUUGCUUGUGUGCUGUCUCCAACAAGGGAGCUUGCAAUCCAGAUCUCCAAGCAGUUUGAAGCAUUAGGAUCUGAAAUUGGUGUUAAGUGUGCAGUGCUUGUUGGAGGGGUGGAGAUUGUGGAACAGUCUAUCAAUCUUGCGAAGCGGCCACAUAUCAUUGUUGGGACACCUGGUCGCCUAAUGGAUCAUUUAACCAACACAAAGGGUUUUUCUCUUCGUAUGCUGAAAUUUCUGGUUUUGGAUGAGGCAGACAGAUUGCUGGAUGAGGAUUUUGAAAAAUCACUUGAUGAAAUUCUGAAUGUUAUCCCCCGUGAUCGGAGAACAUAUUUAUUUUCUGCUACCAUGACCAAGAAGGUCAAUAAGCUCCAAAGGGCUUGUCUAAGGAACCCCGUGAAGAUUGAAGCAGCAUCUAAGUAUUCCACCGUUGACACGCUAACACAGCUUUAUUGCUUUCUGCCUGCUGGAUACAAGGAUUGCUAUCUAGUUUAUAUUCUUACUAAAAGAUCUGAAUCUACAUCAAUGGUUUUCACUCGUACAUGUGAUGCAACCCGUUUCCUAGCAUUGGUUCUUUCAAAUCUUGGCCUAAAGGCUAUCCCAAUUAGUGGUCAUAUGACCCAGGCAAAAAGACUUGGAGCUUUAAAUUUAUUCACGUCUGGACAAUAUAAUAUACUUGUGUGCACUGAUGUGGCAAGUCGGGGACUGGAUAUUCCAUCUGUAGAUAUGAUCAUUAAUUAUGAUAUCCCAUCAAACUCCAAGGAUUAUAUACAUAGAGUGGGAAGAACCGCUCGAGCUGGUCGAUCAGGGGUUGCAAUCUCCCUUGUGAAUCAGUACGAGCUGGAGUGGUAUUUACAGAUUGAAAAGUAUAUUGGUCAAAAGUUACCCAUGUAUUCUGCUGAAGAAGCAGUAGUCUUGCUACUGUUGGAGCGUGUUUCACAUGCCAAAAGAAUUGCCCAACUGAAAAUCAAAGAUGGAGUUGGGAAGAAGAGGAGGAAUAGAGAUGAUGAGGAAGAUGAGAAAGAUGCUGCUGAGAAGUAUUUUGGUCUCAAGGAUCCUCGAAAGUUCUCCAAGAAAUUAAAUGGAGGUAGGGGUAGAGGUGGUGGUGGUGGUGGUGGUGGUGGUGGUGGUGGACGAGGUCGAUGUCGCGGUCGAGGCGGUCGAGGUAAGUAGUACACUUGCUCACCAACCACAAAUUUUGUUUAUUUUUAUUUAUUGGAAAAAAAAAUGUAGAGGCGACCUGUUUUGUUUUUUAUUCCUUUUUUUUUGACAAAGGUUAGUUUUGUUCUAUAGUGAUAUUUUAGUAAAGCCAAUUUUAAAUUUAUUUGUAGUGAUUUCAGUUGCCAUUCCAGGGUAGUAUUGUAUAUAACCAUUGAAAAAGACGAAAAUCUCUCCCUAGUCAUCUUGUGUUUUCUUUGGUGGGUGUUGAUAAUGUUCUUUCAAUAAUUAGUCAAAUUAAUUUCGAUUUUAAUUUGAUAAUGGGAAUACAAUUUAAACUAUGAAUUUAAUA